UUUGCUGAGCAAAAUGAAACGAAUCCUUAGCAGAAGCUCACUAGUCAGCACUAGUCUCCUAAGACAUUCUCUACAGAAUUGGAAUCAAACUCCACUUAUAUUGCAAAAUCGUGGGAUGUUUAUACAAACUCAAACAACACCAAAUCCAAACAGUCUUAAAUUCAUUCCUGGUAUCCAGAUUCUGGAUCACAUAGGAACUUAUGAUUUCAACUCCUUAGAAAAUUCAAGGAUAUCACCCCUCGCUCGUCAGCUUUUCAGGAUUGAAGGUGUAACUAGAGUAUUCCUUGCACCUGAUUUUAUAAGUGUCACAAAGGAUGAUAAUGAGCAACCCUGGAAUACUAUGAAACCGGACAUCUUUGCUUGCAUAAUGGACUUCUUUUCGAGUAAUCAGCCUGUCCUUCUUGAUGAAGCAACAUUAGCUUCAACAAGCUCAAUCAAUGAUGACGAUGAUGAGACCACUAUCAUGAUAAAAGAACUUUUGGACACCAGAAUUAGACCAACUGUCAUGGAAGAUGGUGGUGACAUAAGGUUUGUAGCUUUUGAGGAUGGCAUAGUCAAGCUUGCUCUACAGGGAUCAUGUUCAGGCUGUCCUAGUUCAUCUGUGACUUUGAAAAAUGGCAUUGAAAAUAUGAUGCAGUUCUACAUACCAGAAGUCUUAUCAGUUGAGGCUGUUGAUGAUGAAAUUAUAGAACUUCAGAAUAAAGUAUUUGAGGAAUUUGAUAAGAAAUUAGAUGAUAAGUAAAUCA